AUGAGAAAACGGUUCAUAUUCCUUUGCUUAAUUGAAGUUCUGGCUGCGUUUGCGACUGAAAUUCAACCUGAUGAUGGUUCCUGUAUUCUAGAACACUUUCUUGGCAACUGGAAACCAAAAGCAAAGCUGUCUUUUUCAAUCGAUAAGGUCACUUAUGAGCCUUUCGAAAUAAAUCUUCAAAGAACGGAAUUGUUGCAUCAUUUAGCAAAUUCGAACUCUUUAUAUCAAUUUAGACUGAAUUGUGUUAGCAGCGAAAAUAAACCAUACACUGUGCAAAGUUACACGAAAGGUUGUGCAUUGUUGCAUUCGGGUCUUCGUGAGAAGCUUUUCGUGUCAUUGACUCCGACUCGACAUGUAAAAGGUGUGCAUAUUAAGUUAGAGACCGACGGAGCAUUUUGCGACCCUCAAUUUUUAUCAACAGCUCCGAUUCCGGAUGAGUUUUCAACAGUCGUCGACUACAUAGCACACUCGCCAUCACCCGCGCCGGAUACUCAAAGUUUCCUGGAUAAAAUUAAAGAAGAGCAGAGGGAAAAGCUGGCAAACCCCCCGGACAACCGCGGAUUCCUGCAGAAAUACUGGAUGUAUAUUCUACCUGCUGUAUUGAUUUUGUUCAUGAACUCUCAAGGCGGUGGGGGAGGGGGCAGAUAG